AGAGGCCGCGGGAGACGUGGUGUCCCUGCGAGCGAGCUCUAUCGUUAGCUAAGCUUGGUGGGAAGGCCUAAUUUCGAGUCCGCGCUUUCAGUCGCCGCCAUGUCGGGAGGUGGUGUGAUUCGUGGGCCAGCGGGGAACAACGAUUGCAGCAUCUACGUGGGUAACUUACCCCCAGACAUCCGAACCAAGGACAUUGAGGACGUGUUCUACAAAUACGGCGCUAUCCGCGACAUAGAUCUCAAGAAUCGUCGUGGGGGACCGCCCUUUGCCUUCGUUGAGUUCGAGAACCCGCGAGACGCGGAGGACGCGGUGUACGGUCGCGACGGCUAUGAUUACGAUGGAUACCUUCUGCGGGUGGAGUUCCCUCGAAGAGGCCAUGGGACUGGCCGUGGCAGCGGCUGGGGUGGAGGCGGCGGAGCCCCCAGAGGCCGGUAUGGCCCACCGUUCCGGCGUUCUGAAAACAGAGUGGUUGUCUCUGGACUGCCUCCAAGUGGGAGCUGGCAGGAUUUAAAGGAUCACAUGCGUGAAGCAGGUGAUGUAUGUUAUGCUGAUGUUUACCGAGAUGGCACUGGUGUCGUGGAAUUUGUACGGAAAGAAGAUAUGACCUAUGCAGUUCGAAAACUGGAUAACACUAAGUUUAGAUCUCAUGAGGGAGAAACUGCCUACAUUCGAGUUAAAGUUGAUGGGCCCAGAAGUCCAAGUCAUGGAAGAUAUCGAUCUCGAAGCCGUAGUCGUAGCAGAAGCCGUAGCAGAAGCAACAGCAGGAGUCGCAGUUAUUCCCCAAGGAGAAGCAGAGGAUCUCCACACUGUUCUCCCCGCCAUAGCAGAUCUCGCUCUCGUACAUAAGAUGAUUGGUGACACUUUUUUGUAGAACCCAUGUUGUAUACAGUUUUCCUUUAUUCAGUACAAUCUUCAUUUUUUAAUUCAAACUGUUUUGUUCAGAAUGGGCUAAAGUGUUGCAUUGCAUUCUUGUGUAAUACCCCUUGCUCCUAACAUCUACAUUCCCCUCAUGUCUUUGAUAAAUUGUAUUUUAAGUCAUGUCAGGAUUGUUUAAAUUUAGU